CCUUUAGGUUGCCAUGGCCGCCAUUAUUGCACCCUCAUGAAUGGCCUGAAUGUUCUUGCACCAACUCGAUCUGACCACCGCUUUGCGCCCGUCGCUCUUGCCGGAGGAGACGCUGUUGUUCGUGCAAGAUGCCGUGGGACUGUAUGAGGGCAAAUUCAAGAUCCCACAGUACCAGAACGGCCAGGCCUAUCUGACUUCACAUCGUGUGUGCUACGUUGAUCAUGCGGAGCCGCGCAAGAAUUCGGUCGCCAUCUUUCUCAAGGACGUAGAGAAGCCAGACUUCUACGCCGGCUUCCUCAAGUCCUCUCCCAAAAUCACUCUGUACCCCAAACCCGCCAAUCAGCUAUCACGCGGCCUGUCAGCGCCGAUUGCGCAGAGCCCUUCGUCCGGCUCUCCAGAGCGUCGCAACAGCCCUGCACCAGCACCAUCCAUAAGCGCAUCCUGGGUUUGUCCCAUAUGCUCCUUCUCGAACCCCGUACCGUCGAACUUCGAUCCUGCGCUUGCGUCGCGUACACCGAUACCACCAUGCCUAGCCUGCGGCAUCAAACCGCCUACUAUGCAUGUGGUGAAGGCAGCCAUUGCAGCCAUCUCGAACAGACCAGCUCCCACCGUACCGCUAAAGGAUAACAAGAGUGGUUCCACACCUUCAACAUCAUCUGGGGGGAUGGUUUCGUGCCCGCGAUGUACAUAUCAGAACCACCCUUCGCUUCUAAACUGUGAGAUAUGCGGUGCAUCUUUGACUACCGCGAUAGACAAGCGGCUGGAACACGUUGCAGAACUUCGUAGGCCAGAGUCACCCGGGCCGUCUUUGACCACCCCCAUACAGACGACCACCAUCGAAUGCAUCAAACUGUCGUUCCGAAGUGGCGGCGAGAAGAUAUUCUACGAGCGCCUUAAGAAUGCGUUGGUACAACGCAAGUGGCUACUUCAGAGUGCACCUCCUAUACCGAAGCCUCGACCGAGCUCUGGCGCAUUUGAUGACAGCUACUCCACGAAGUCGGGCAAGGCAUCGGCAGAAAUUGAGCGACCUCGUGUGGUGGGCAUCGCCGGGUUGGAGCGUCGUGGUCUUGAACAAAGGCAGAACAACGAGGCUAUGAUUGGCAAUGCCUUCGAAGAUCUUGAAGCGCUUAUGACCUCGGCGAAAGAAAUCAUUGCACUUGCCGAGCAGUUUGCGCAACAUGCCAACGUGGAUUCGAAUGGCAACUCGGAAGACAACGCUUUAGCGUCGCAGUCGGCGUCUGCACUGGGGCUUGUCACGACGAAAGAUAUGCUAGGCUCGGGCUCAGAAUCACUUUACGUAUCUGAGCUAUCACGCAACCUUGCGGAAUGGCUCACUGACGACACAAGGGGGGUGUUGCGAAGAGAAGGCGGCAUCAUGACGCUUGUUGAUCUGUGGGCUAUGUUCAAUCGUGCACGGGGUGGUGUUGAGCUGGUCAGCCCCGCUGAUUUCGAGAAAGCAGCAAGGAUGUGGGACACGCUUAAACUACCGAUUCGGCUGCGAAAGUUCAAAAGUGGUCUAUUAGUAGUCCAAGGCCGUGAUCGAACCGACGAAAAGACAAUUGCCAGUCUGCUUGCGUGGUUGAAGAAUCUCCACAGCGAAUCGCCAAGUUUAGAUGUAUCAUGGGACUGGCAACUCUAUGGCAGGGGUAUUACAGCGCAGGAAACUGCUGAGAAGUUCGGGUGGAGUGUUGGAGUCGCGAUCGAAGAGCUAGAGAUGGCUGAAGAAGCUGGUGCUUUGUGUCGUGAGCAGAGUCUCGAUGGCUUCAGGUUUUGGGAAAAUUGGCUCGUCAAUAUGCCAGAGCCUGCUGUCACUGUCUAGCACUAAUCGGAUCAUACCCGAAAUUUCACUCAAAGAAAGGCUUCUGGAGCCAACAUGCCCUGACCAUACAUUCAUAAGCUUGAUACAUGAUCGUAUUUCUCAGGUGGCAAGAACACAUUCUCGCUCAUAUACAUAACGCUGGUAAGCUUCGGUAAGGCUGAGCUCCACAUGAGGUCAAGUAUUAUGCGUGAUUCUAUAUUGUACGGAAGGCUGAGCAAGGCAGAUAACUGCACUGGUAUUGGAUGACUGUUGCCUUACCUGCGCCACCCUUGGCUG